AUGUCAGAAAAUGAGAAGUUUGCAGAAUUUUGUUCGGAUAUGAAAGUAAUUUUUCAGGAAUUCCAAUCAAAACAAGACACAAAAUAUGAUAAUCUGGUUAAAGCUAUUGAAGCAUUAACCAUACAAAAUGGAAAAUUAAUUGAAAGCAAUGGGGAGAUAGAAAAAAUCCUACAGCAAAAUAUUGAUCAACAGAAUGAGUUACAGAAAAAAGUUUUUGGCCUGGAGGUAGAAUGCGCAAACGCUCAUAAUAAGAUUGACCUACUGGAGGAACAAUUGGAUCAAUUACAAAGGAACCAGCUGAGGAACGUUUUGGAAGUUAGAAAUGUACCUAGAGAAGAAAAGGAAGACUUAAAUAAGAUCGUUACUAAGCUGAUGAGGACUGUGGAUAGUGAAGCAAACAUGGAACAUGUCAGGCAAGUAUAUCGUGCAGGAAAAGCAAAUGCUCCGAUUGUUAUUGAAUUUAAAAACUUCAACCAUAAAAUACAGCUACUAAAGUCGGUGAUAUCAUAUAACAAAACUAAUAAGGACAGGAAAUUGAAUAGCAAAAAUUUGAGCAUUGAAUCUUCCAUAACCCCUGUUUAUGUUUCUGAUAAGCUGACUCCUAAAACUAAAAUGCUACUUAAUGCAGCCAAACAACUCAAGGAUCAAGGAUGGUUCAUUUAA